AUGACGGUCUUUAUCGCGUCACUAUUCCUCCCUAAAACCGUCCACUUCGCCCUGCCUGGCACUCCAUCCCGCGCAGACCCUCUCCGUCGCACAAAAACCGAUAAACGCCCCGAAGUCGAUCGUCAACCAAGUCUAUUCAACCCCAUCCGCGACAUUACUCCCCCAAUCACCCCGACCGACGAGACAAACGACAAGGAACUCUUCACAAACGAGGAUGGUUUCCGUAUACAAUUCCCCGAGGAGGAGCGCAAGCUCGGAGCUCCCGUAGACAAGGGUUCUCCCAAAUGGGGUGCCCGGGCAACCCAGCCCAAAUCUCGAGCGAGCUCCCCGCCGCCCGCCAUCAUCGCCGAACACAGCCGCACACUCGAGAAGGCUAGGGAACUCGGUCGCCAGGGCGUAACGCAGCCCCGUCCUCUCGCUAGAAGCGACAGCCACGAUCGCGUCUUCGCCCACGCCAACUGGCGCAUUAUGAAUGCCGACCAGGGCAACGGCGGCCUUCGCAACGCCGCCGAGGCCGCCGCCCGCGACGGCAAGCUCGGAGAAUACACCUGGGUUGGCACUCUCGGCAUGCCCACCGAUGCCCUCGAGGGCACCCAGCAGAAGCAGGAUAUCGAGGACGCCCUCGCCACCGAGCAUGACAUGCUGACUGUCUUUUGCUCCGACAAGGACUUUGACGGUCACUACUCGCACUUUUGCAAACAGAUCCUGUGGCCAGUCUUCCACUACCAGAUCCCCGAUAACCCCAAGAGCAAAGCCUUCGAGGACCACUCGUGGAAGUACUACGUCAAUGUGAACCAGGCCUUCGCCGACAAGAUCAUCAAGAACUGGAAGCGCGGAGACGUCAUCUGGGUCCACGACUACCACCUUCUGCUCGUCCCCGGCAUGGUCCGCAAGAAGCUGCCUGACGCAAAGAUUGGCUUCUUCUUGCACGUCGCCUUCCCCUCCUCUGAGGUCUUCCGCUGCUUGGCCGUGCGCAAGCAGCUGCUCGAGGGCAUGCUCGGUGCCAACCUCAUCGGCUUCCAGAUCCACGAGUACACCCGCCACUUCCUCCAGACUUGCAGCAGGCUGUUGAACGUGGAGGCUACCACCGACGGUCUCCAGCUGGAGGACCGCUUCGUCGAUGUCGUGAACCUGCCCAUUGGCAUUGACCCCGUCAACCUCAGCGAGCACCGCAUGGACGCCGACGUGAAGAAGUGGAUGGACAUCAUGAAGGAGCGCUACCGCGGCAAGAAGCUCAUCGUUGCCCGCGACAAGCUCGACCACGUCCGUGGUGUCCGCCAGAAGCUUCUGUCAUACGAGCUGUUCCUCAACAAGAACCCUGAAUGGCGCGACAAGAUCGUGCUCAUCCAGGUCGCUCUCUCUAGCAGCGAGAAGUCUGACUUGGACGCGACUGUUAGCGACAUCGUGACCCGCGUCAACUCCUCGUGGGCCAACCUGGCCUACCAGCCUGUUGUCUACCUGAAGCAGGACAUUGACUACCCUCAGUACCUGGCUUUGCUCACCAUGGCUGAUGCCCUGAUGAUCACCAGCCAGCGUGAGGGCAUGAACUUGACCUCCCACGAGUACCUCUUCUGCCAGGACGGCGAGGUGUUCCCCGAGAAGAAGCACGGCUCUUUGAUUCUUUCCGAAUUCACCGGCACCGCCUCGCUGUUUGGCGGCAACGAGCUCUCUGUUAACCCCUGGGACUACCGCCAGUGCGCCGACGCCAUCAAGAAGGCUCUCGAGAUGCCCGACGACGAGAAGGACCGCCGCUGGAAAGCAUUGUACUCGGCCGUCAUGCACCACACCGGCUCCCACUGGUUCACCGAGUUCCUGUCCCGCCUGGACCGCGUAUACGACGAGCAGCACAAGCGCGACCAGACAUCCGUCCCGCGUCUCAACAUCAACGCUCUCGCCCAGCGAUACCGCCGCAGCGAGCGCCGUCUCUUUAUCCUCGACUACGAGGGCACCUUGGUGAGCUGGGGACCGAUGAACCAGAUUAUUCCCGUCAGCCCUCAGCGCACUCUUGAUGUUCUCAACGACCUUCUGCUCGACGAGCGCAACACCGUCUACAUCAUGUCUGGCCGCCGCCCCGAGGAGCUCGACCGCCUGUUCCGCCGCGUGCCCAACCUGGGUCUCAUCGCCGAGAACGGCUGCUUCCUCAAGGACUGCGGCCGCAGCAACUGGACCGAGAUGGCCGACAGGGAUCAGAUCAACAGCUGGAAGGAGUCCGUCAAGUCCAUCAUGACCUACUACCUCGAACGCACCCCCGGUGCCGAAAUCGAGGAGCGCCGCUGCAGUCUCAUCUUCCACUACAAGAGCGCCGAGGACUACGAGUCCGCCGCCCGCCAGGCCUCCGACUGCGCCAGCCACAUCAACGACGCGUGCGAGGAGCAGCGCGUCCACGCCAUCCCUCUCGACGGUUCCAUCGUCGUGGAGCCCAUCGACUGGACCAAGAGCACAGCCGCCGAGAAGAUCUUUGACGACCUGCGCAUCCACAUGGCCCCCGACGCCGAGCACAAGAGCCCCGUCGACUUCCUCAUGGUCGUUGGCGACGGUCGCGAGGAUGAGAAGGUCUUUAAGUGGGCCAACGCCCUCGGCGACGAGAAGGUGGUCAAGGAUGUUGCGACUGUCAGCUUGCAUAGCCGCAACACCGAGGCCGGUGCCACCCUCACGCAGGGUGUAAGCGGUGUCCUGCUCGCUCUUCAGAAGCUCGCUUCAGUUUGA